CAUGGACACACUAGUGGAAGAUGAUAUCUGCAUCCUGAAUCAUGAGAAGGCCCACAGAGGAGACACCCUAACUCCACUAUCAAUAUACACAGGAGGUGAAUAUGUUGCUUCACAUUUUGACCUGGUCACUGCAUAUGAAGACAUCAAGAAGCGACUUAAGGAUUCCGAGAAGGAGAACUCAUUCUUAAAGAAAAGAAUAAGGGUUUUGGAAGAAAGGCUUACAGGAACUCGAUCAGAUGAAGAGACAAGUUCUGUGGGACGAGAACAAGUAAAUAAGGCCUAUCAUGCAUACCGAGAAGUUUGCAUUGACCAGGAUAAUUUGAAGAGUAAGUUGGAUAAAAUGAAUAAAGACAACUCUGAAUCUUUGAAAGUAUUGAAUGAACAGCUCCAGUCUAAAGAAGUAGAGCUCCUGCAGCUAAGAACAAAGGUGGAAACUCAGCAGGUAAUGAGGAAUUUAAAUCCACCCUCAUCAAACUGGGAGGUGGAAAAGUUGAGCUGUGACCUGAAGAUCCAUGGUUUGGAACAGGAGCUGGAACUGACCAGGAAAGAGUGUAACGAUCUCAAGAUGGAGCUGCAGAAAGCUCGUCAAAUGAAUCCAUCUCAGGAAGACAGUGUGCAGAGCAGAGAUCUCCAAAGACUGAGCAUUUCCAGUGAUAGUGUGGAACAUGCGUGCUGGGAACUGAAGAGAGAGAUGUCCAAUUUACAACUGGUAACUUAAGUACAAGCUGAACUACUAAAGAAACUGAAAACCCCGGCUAAGGUCAAGAAAGCCUGUGUCUCAGUAGGAUGUGUGGAAGACCUUGGGAAAGACAGCACGAAAUUACACUUGACGAAUUUCACUGCAACAUACAAAAGGCACCCCCCUUUAUCACCCAAUGGGAAAGCUAUUUGUUAUACUCCAUCUCCUUUACCAGGAGAUAUAAAGGUUUUAUCAGAAAAAGCCAUUCUCCAAUCCUGGACAGAUAAUGAGAGAUCCAUUCCUAAUGAUGGCGCAGACUUUCAGGAACACAACUCUUAUGGCAGAAAUUCUCUGGAAGACAAUUCUUGCGUAUUUCCAAGCCCUCCUAAAUCAAGUGAGACAGCAUUUGGGGCAGCUGAAAGUAAAACUUUUCCUGUACCCAUCCUGCCACCCUUGCUUUACUUGGAUCAGCAUAAUCAGAACUGCCUGUACAAGAACUGAUUGA